AUGACCAGCGGCCUUCCUAAAUCACGUUCUGCUUUCGAUAUCAGUCAUAUUGUCAACGGCAAUAGUGGGUUAGAUAGUUCCAAUGAAUCAUCAUUACUGUUGGGAUUUCUGUCAGCUAAAAGGACAGCACAACAUUUAAAACGAAGAGCAAUCCAUAUAACUGAACAGGCUCGUAGACGACGCGAUGAUUUUCGAGGUGAAAGUGAAGUUUGCCAUUCCGCUGAACCUAUACGAUCAGCAGUUUCAUCAAGGUUAACUAGUCGAAAUACGAAUAGUUCUGCCUCCGAUCUUUAUAAAAUACGCUCGACAACAGCUUUCCCUGCUGAAGAUGUAGAAAGAAUUAUACGCCACAUCGUUAAUAAAGAACUAGAUGACAAAACUUACCAACAUGAUUAUUGUCGUCAGCAGUCUUCUGAGUUAGCGGAGAAAAUUAAAGAUGGUGUUAAAAAAUUACACUUACCACGUUAUAGAUUAAUUUGUUAUGUCAAUAUAGGACAAAAGUCAGGACAAUGUAUAUCUGUAACAAGCCAAUGUCUAUGGGAUGAUAAUCUGGAUAAUUAUGCAUCCUAUUGCUUUCAAAAUGCUUCAUUAUAUGCUGUAUGUGUUGUUUAUGCUGUCUACUACCAAGUUAUCUCUAAAUAUUUGAUGAAAAUUGGUAAAAAUAACGAUGAUCCUGUUUUCCUUUACUAUUUGAUAUCAUCUGAUCGAAAUCUGGAGAGUAUCACUUUUCUCGAGUUAAAGCCAUCCUUAAAUUUUAUGAUUAGAGAAUAUAUUUAUAAGUGA